CACUAUAUAGUUGGUCAGUGGAAUGGUAAAUACCAUGUCCAUAGUCGUGCGUGGAAUUCAUUUCAUAUAGAGGUUCUAUAGUGACCAUACUCGCUUGAAUAGUGGAGCAGUGAAAAGGCCUAUUACGAAAAAAAGCCUUCCUGGUUAUAAUAUUACCUCAUUUAAUAAAAAAAAUAACAGCUUUAGGAAAGUUUCUAAAUAACUUUUGGUUAAUUUAUUUGGCGCCAAGUGUUUGGGUCUCACUUAAUUUAGUAAAUCUCUGUUUUCAUGUCGUGGAUAUAAAAGGAAUUGUGUAUAUAAAGUGUUUUAAUUCCUGCAAAUCGUUCUGAGGAGCAUAAUUUGUGAAAAUUCUUGAAAAAUUUUCAGGCCAUCAACAUGUGGUUCGAACCACUAAUGGGCAUUGCUGCAGCGGCUGCCAUUGGCUGGCUGUACUGGAGGUGGACUCACAGACGUAUGCUGGAGCUGGCAGCCAAGGUGCCAGGGCCACCAGCAUUACCCAUCCUUGGGAAUGCCCUCAUCUUCAUGGUGAAUCCUGGAGAGAUCCUGAACAAAAUCGAAGCGCUGUGCCAAACUUACGGAGACUACUUCAAAUUCUGGUUGGGACCAGAUCUCAAUAUUUGUGUCAAGAACCCAACUGAUAUCAGGACACUACUGGCCAGCAAUAAGGUGAACCAGAAAGGGCCACUGUACGAGCUCCUUGUACCAUUUAUAGGCUAUGGUAUUCUAACGGGGGGUCCCACAUGGCGCAACCAACGGAAGACAGCAAAACCUUCUUACAACAAGAAGUCAGUGGAACACUUCACGCCUAUAUUUAAUGAAGAGGCUGAGCAGCUCGCAAGGUUCCUUAGCCAUAAGGACCCGAAUGUGUCCUUCGAUGUUUUCAAAGACGUCGUUAAGUGUACCACGCAGAGUGUUAAUCAAACUCUUAUGGGAUUGUCAAAAGAAGAUUCACAAAACCUGCACAGAAUGGAGGAAAUGGUUGCCAGAACACGAGACAUGUACCAGCUAAUAUUCGAAAGAAUGACAAAAUGGUGGCUGCAAAUACCCUUCAUCUACUGGCUGGUGGGGAAGAAGAAGAAGCAACUGUACUUCCAGAAGCUGGUCGAUGAUUUCUCCAGCGAUAUCGUAAGAAGAAGAAGGAAGGCCUUAGAGGUUACUACGCCUGAUGAAGAAUGUAUGGGUGUUGCGGAUCGAUAUAUACUGCAAGGGGAUUUGAGUGAAAAUGAAAUUAAGAGGGAUACCUUUACUUUGUUUACUACGAGUCAAGAGGCAGCUGCAAAAAUCGCAUCAGGAGUUCUGAUGUUCCUUGCUCAUUUACCGGAUUGGCAGGAAAAGGUGUACAAAGAGAUGAUCGAGGUGGUAGGUCCAAGUGGCCCCGUGACCAGUGAGCAGUUGAAACUGCUGCAUAGCUUAGACAUGGUGUUCAAGGAGACGCUGAGAUACUUCCCUAUUGCUGCGCUCAUACAGAGGACUGUGGAGGAAGAGAUUACUAUUAAUGAAGGUAAAAUCACCCUUCCAGCGGGUACAUCCUUAGUAAUACCGCUGCACCACCUGCACCGUGACCCUCGUCACUGGAAGGAGCCGCACAGGGUGAUGCCAGAGAGGUUCCUGCCUGAGAACGUGAAGAAACGAGACCCUAACGCCUUCGUGCCGUUCAGUUUGGGCCCUAUGGAUUGUUUAGGUCGAGUAUACGCCACAGCCCUAAUAAAGACCAUAAUAGUAUGGGUCCUUCGGUACGUAAAGUUAGAACCAGCAGGCAGCUUAGAUAAUAUCAAACUGCACGUCGCGAUCUCCGUCUCCUGCGCAGACGGGUACACCAUCAGAGCUAGGCCGAGGAAGAAUGGGAGAAUAAAUGGUUUUACUUGAGAA